AGCAAUAGCAAACACGUAGAGCCAGCACAGUUUCGUUUCUUCGCCAUAAUUUUGCUAUCUUGCUUAGCAGUCGGCAGCGCAGCUCCUCCCGAUCCGACCCGCCAUUGAUUUGAUGAGCUAAAGCUUCUGUUUGUAACUGCUAAAAUGUGACGAGAAAGCUUCCAUUUCAUUUCCAAGGAAGUCUUUCGGUUAUUUAUCUCUUUAAAACGGCGUUUUCUUUAGCUUUUUUAGGUAUUUUUUUUUCAGCUUUGAAUUGCCGCUGUUUGUUUGCCCAGAAAAGCAACUUUUUCCUGGUGGGAAAGAUACAUUCCUUCUUGUUCAUUACAUUAGAUUUUUGAUUUACAGAUUGUUUGGGUUGUUGGGAUUUCGUUACCUUUGUUUUGCUUCUUAUUGUUCUGUUUCUGAGAGAAUUUUGAUGGAAAUUUUGGUGUAAAGAAUUUAAACUUAGAGGGUGUUGUAGAGAUGAUUAAUUUGUGAAAUUUUAGUUAGAGGUUCUGUGAUUGAGUAUGCCAAAUAUGUCUUUGAUUCGUCGUAGAAAGGGGGUGGAAAAAGAUCCCAAAAUUCAGAAGGAUGAAGACGAGGAUAAGAAGGAGAAGGUUAGCGGAAAAGGAAAGGAAGCUAAGGCGAAGAAAAAGUGGUCGUGUGUAGACAGUUGUUGCUGGUUUGUUGGGUGUGUUUGUACAACAUGGUGGCUCUUGUUGUUUCUGUACAAUGCGAUGCCUGCGUCAUUGCCCCAGUAUGUGACAGAGGCAAUUACGGGGCCUUUGCCGGAUCCCCCGGGUGUCAAAUUGAAGAAAGAGGGGUUGAAGGUGAAGCACCCUGUGGUGUUUGUGCCGGGAAUUGUCACCGGUGGGCUUGAACUUUGGGAAGGCCAUGAAUGUGCAGAAGGUUUAUUCAGGAAGCGUCUGUGGGGUGGCACGUUCGGUGAAGUGUAUAAAAGACCUUCUUGCUGGGUAGAGCAUAUGUCAUUGGAUAAUGAAUCUGGAUUAGAUCCUCCAGGAAUCAGGGUCAGGCCUGUCAGUGGCCUUGUUGCUGCUGACUAUUUCGCUCCGGGUUAUUUUGUGUGGGCAGUCCUGAUUGCUAACUUGGCUCGAAUUGGUUACGAGGAGAAAACUAUGUAUAUGGCUGCAUAUGACUGGAGAAUUUCAUAUCAGAACACCGAGGUUAGAGAUCAAACUCUCAGCCGAAUAAAAAGUAACAUAGAAUUGAUGGUUGCUACAAAUGGUGGAAAAAAGGCAGUGAUAAUUCCACAUUCGAUGGGUGUUUUAUACUUCAUGCACUUCAUGAAGUGGGUUGAAGCUCCAGCGCCAAUGGGUGGUGGGGGAGGACCGGACUGGUGUGCUAAACAUAUAAAAGCAGUUAUAAAUAUUGGUGGACCUUUUCUAGGUGUUCCCAAAGCCGUUGCUGGGCUUUUCUCUGCUGAAGCCAAGGAUAUUGCGUUUGCCAGGGCUAUUGCACCGGUCUUCUUGGACAAUGAUCUGUUUCGCAUUCAGACAUUACAGCAUGUUAUGAAGAUGACUCGUACAUGGGAUUCAACCAUGUCAAUGAUACCAAAAGGAGGGGAUAUUAUAUGGGGUGACCUUGAUUGGUCACCUGAAGAUGGCCAUGUUCCCAGCAAAAGGAAGAACAAAAACAAUGAGACACGUAAUGGUGAUGGAGAUACUUCUUCAAAGAAAGUUCACUACGGACGAAUUAUAUCGUUUGGGAAAGACAUAGCAGAGGCAGAUUCAUCUGAGAUUGAGAGGACUGAGUUUUUGGAUGCUAUCAAAGGACACAAUGUUGCAAAUGCUACUUGCCAGGACGUUUGGACAGAAUACCAUGACAUGGGAAUUGAGGGUAUCAGAGCAAUCUCAGAUUACAAAGUUUAUACAGCUGGAUCUGUCGUAGAUCUACUUCAUUAUGUUGCCCCACAUACAAUGGAACGUGGGAGCGCCCAUUUCUCUUAUGGGAUUGCCGACAACCUUGAUGAUCCGAAAUACAACCACUACAAGUAUUGGUCGAACCCGUUGGAGAUGAGAUUGCCAAAUGCUCCGGACAUGGAGAUCUUUUCUUUGUAUGGAGUUGGGAUCCCGACCGAAAGAGCUUAUGUUUAUAAGCUAUCUCCUGCUGCUGAAUGCUACAUUCCAUUUCAGAUUGAUACUGCAGCUAAUGAUGGUGAUGAAAACGGCUGUCUGAAGGAUGGAGUUUACACCGUCGACGGAGACGAAACCGUGCCUGUUCUAAGUGCUGGUUACAUGUGUGCCAAAGGCUGGAGAGGCAAAACUAGAUUUAAUCCUUCAGGAAUCCGAACAUACGUUAGAGAGUACAAUCAUUCUCCUCCAUCAAACUUGCUAGAAGGACGAGGAACGCAAAGCGGCGCUCAUGUCGACAUAAUGGGGAACUUCGCAUUGAUUGAAGAUAUAAUUCGAAUAGCAUCAGGGGCUCAAGGGGAAGAUUUGGGAGGUGAUCAAGUCUAUUCUGAUAUAUUUAAAUGGUCAGAAAAGAUCAAAUUGCCUCUGUGAUGAUCCUAGUUGUUAGUUGAUUAUAUAUGUUCUUGAAAUCAUAGCAAAUUCAGCACACCCACAAAAAGAAAAAAGAAAAAGAAAAGCUUGAAACUGUAUCAUUUCAAGCAACUUGGGAAAUUUUUAGGAUUAUGGGAAAACCACCCCUUAAUUUGGUUGUCCAAUAUCAUUUUUACAUCUCUUGUAUUUUUCCAUCAGAACUGGUUGAAUUAGCUAAGCCCAAAAUUUUCUUUUUA